AUGGCGCAGUGGUUUAAGCUCUGGGCGGCUAGAACCUGCCAGCCGCUCCGCGCGCAGUGCGCAGCCACUUUGCUACAAGUGUAUCCACUGUCCCGCACCGAGGCCUUAUGGGGCUCCGCUCCUCCCAGCUUCACUUGCUCGGCGGCUCUUGGACGAGGCGGAGGCUCUACCAAGCUGGCCGACAAGAUGCUGCGCACCCCCAAGUGUUCCCGCUGCCGGAACCAUGGCUUCCUGGUGCCCGUCAAGGGCCACGCGGGCAAAUGCCGCUGGAAGCACUGCACCUGCGAGAAGUGCUGCUUGAUCAGCGAGCGCCAGAAGAUCAUGGCCGCGCAGAAGGUGCUCCACAGACAGGGGUCCGAGGACGAGGAGCUGGCCCCGGGCGCCCAGGGGCCUGAGCUGGCCACUCCAGCAGUGGCCUCGGCCGCCUUCGGGGGCCCAAGCCUGGGCCCGCUGCCACCCACUGCGUCUGCAGCCCCGGAGCCCCGAGCCCACGACCCCCAGUGUUACGCCGAGAGGCCGCUGCACGGGCUCAGCCCGGGCCCCAGCGCCUUCCACCCGGUGGUGGUGAGCGGCCGCAACCACGUGGGGCCGAGCGAAGGCGCGGCGGCCGCCGUGUCCACGGCUAUGGGCCCCGCGCUGGAGGCGGAGGCCGCGGGCAGCGGAGGCCCCGGCCGUCUGGAGGUGCGCAGGCCUCUGCGGCCAGUGCCCAGCCAGCCGUUCCCCGACUUCGGGCACCCACUGAGCGGGAACCCGGAAGGGGGUGUGGUGCGGCCUGAGUACCUGGAGAGAGACCCUUCCAAGCUGUACCCUGGCAUGCGCCCCUACCAUCCGUUCCCGAUGGGCUACCAGGAUGUUCCCCCAACUCCAGGAAUCCCUCUGCAGCGAGGCUUCCGGCAUAUUCCUUGCAACGGCCACCCCGGAGGAGCCCCGGUGCCGGAACCAGUGGGAGACUUCCCGGCCAACUACUACCCUGCGGCCCCACCGCCACCGCCACCGCCGCAGCCCCAGUUCCUCCCCCCAGGCUUCCUCUCAGGGAUCCACUUCCUGCCGCCGCUGCCACCGCCGCCGCCGCCACCACCAUUCGCACUGACCGUUCUGUCUGAUACCAACGGGGCAGCUGCUGAAAACCAGGACGGAGAGGCGCCCGGGGUGCCCAGCGCCCCCUUUCCUCAGGAGCAGACCGACUGAGAGCAGACCCGGCCCAGGGCCCAGGGGGACGGCGGUGGUUCUUCCCGUCUGCAUGGGGGGCUGGUUGGGGACAAGGGGUGUGUUUGUUAGGACCAAUAGGUAUCAGGUUAGGACAGAUUCUUGUUUUGAGAUAGGAGAGGGCAGAGUGGUCGUUGAGGAGGUAGACUAUCCAGAUCUGUUAAGCGGGGCGGGGCUGUUACAACAGAGCUCGCGUUCAGGAAUGAAUUUAAGGGCCCCUGAGUGCUGCGUGGGUAACCCCCACAGGUGGUCUUUGGUUUCCAGCUGGACAGCCAGCUGCCGCCUUGCCUGCCUCCCAGCAGAGGCGGCACAGUGCGGGGCUGGGCGGCCUGUGAGCAGCAGGGCAAAGGUGCUGGCAGCAGGUUCUGCAGUGCCCUCCUGAACGCCACCCCCCCUAAGAGUUUGAGCAGUUUUAAGCAUCGUUGCUAGUUACAUAGUCUCGUUAAGUUCGGCUUAGAGGUUUUUAUAGUGAUCACUAGUUUAGGGACGUGUUUGUUAGCAGUGACCCAGUUCUCAGAAAAGGACGGUGUCCAGUGUUACCCGUGAUGCCCACGGCGCUUCUCUGGGCCCGCCGACUUGAAAUAAAUGCCCACUGCAACUCC